GCAUGAUGUGGCAGUGGAAGUUACGUGAGGAAGCAAGAAGGGGUGAAGACACGACUGUAUCUGGAAUGCAUGGUAGAGUGACAACUGAAGAAGUAGCUGCCACAUCUUCUUGUGUUGAACAAGAAAAGCAAAGUGCAGCCUCAAGCUCUAGUACUAGCUGUAGCAGUGGCGCUUCUGCUUCUGGAAAAGAUGAUUCCCAACCAAAACAAUCACUUCUAGCAUCUUCUGCAGAUCUACGACGAGCUGAAGUAGCUGCUUCUGAAGGAAACAAGCCUGACCAACAAAGAGAACAAGAAAACAGUUCUUCCUCUUCAUCUCCUGCUUAAGGCUACCGCAGAAGCAUCCUCAGCAUCAUCCUCGGCUCUUUUUCAAGGGGAAAAAGAAGCCAAGCAUGCUCUCAGGGAUGCGACCGCGGUGGCUCUAAUAACCUACUCGACCCCAACUACCGAAUUUAUUGACGUUUGCGGACAUGGACACGUGGUCUGUGGGGUUGGUGUUGUACUUGGCAAUAAUAGCACGCCAUUUCCAGGGGAUGAGGAAUUUGGCUUACUUCUGGGUCUGGCAUCCAAAAAUGUACGACAGAGAGGAAGCCAGGAGAGCUGCAGUCGCGGAAGCAAUGGCAGAAAGAGUAGGAGAAAGAAUAGAAGAAGCCUUCUCUGAUAUUCCAGGUUCACAGGAGCUCGCACAAGGACCUAAUAUCCGAGGUGCACAAGAGCUGGCACAGGCCACAGGCGCGGCUUCAUCGACCACAGCAGCCGACUACGGACCUGCUCGAACAAUUCCAGCUUCCACUACUGAUGCCCGUGCAGCAGAGCCUUCAACCUCUACUCAAGUUGUAGUACCUGCGCCCACUUCUAACAAAGUUCCUGCACCCUCAACCUAUACUCAUGUUCCAGUACCUGGCUCUACUGCCACUUCUACCAAACCACAGAUUCCAAGAACCCCUACCAGGCCACGAGCUUCACCAGCUUCUAAAGAUCAUGAGUUGUGGGCAAAUAGUGGUUUGCGCUGGUGCGUGACGAAAAGUACUCCUCCUCCACUUCCUGUCCUAGAGGGGGAGCCAGACUAUCUUCUCAGAUUAUGGCCAACAUAAUUUAGUAUCCAUGAUAAGUGAACAGGCCUAGUACGCCUAAGCCACGACUUAUUAAUCGUUCAUGUCUCUCAGCAUCUUCAUGUCUUUGGUACUUAUAACAUAUUUAUCAAUAUCCAGCUUUUGCUCUUCCCAGCAUAGUUUUUAGAUGAACAGAAAAGAAGAAACAGAAGGUAAUGAGUCUCAGAGAUGAAAGGGGCAACGCGCUGGAUUGUUCAGGAGCACACUCUAAUCAGAGGCAGUUUUUAUUACAAUGGUAUCUUCCGAUUCGCACUACAGUGUCAUCCAAGACACAGGUCUUUGCGGAAUUUAAGGGCUUUCCUGCGCGCAGUCCAUGCAGAGUCAAAACUGUAUGGAAGUCAAUGAUGAGAAAGGGGUCCGAAAUAGGAACAGCAUUGGAUGUUGUUUAUGAAGUUCUUGGGUGGAAAAUGAAAAAUGAUGAAGAUGUAACUUGAAGUUUUUAGGAAGAUCAUGUGAUGUUGUACCUAGAACAAGGAUGGAGAAAUAAGGGACCUGGUAGGGCACUAUCCCUAUCCCAUAAAAUGCUUAAUACAGAAUAGAAAAAUAGAAAAUGUGAUAUGAUGAGGAGGUUGAUGUGGGACAACGGAUCUUCAGCUUCUUCAAUCUAACACAGGUUUAAUUGCAUUCAGAAAAUGAAGUAUCCGAAGUCAUAUAGUUCGUUCUUUCUGCUUGUGUAGAAACGUUUCUGAAACCCUUAUUCUUACGGUGAUUUGUUUGUGUGCUGGGUUUGAUUCUUGUACGUGAAAUCUUUUCGCAUUCAUCUUCAUUCGUUAGGUACAACUUGGCCCGAAAUUCAUUACCGGGGUCCACCGAUAGUGUGUUAAAGCGGAAGAACACGGUCUACUUACGUCAGAGGAAGUAGAUCAUAGGUAAAUACUAAUAUAACUUUCACGUCGUGGAAUCAAUUGCAUCGAGCAUGUUGGUUCUCUGAAAGGACUAGAAGAACGACAAAAAACGAUUCAAAAGCAUAGUAGAUUUAGAAAGAAAUCUAUAAUUGCAUUGUAGGUUGCUUAUAUUUGAUCUGUUUAUUCGUAGAUGAUGAUAAAAAGUAGAUGUGUAUUUGUGUCGGAGUCGGAUCGUCGUAACCAGGAGGGAGAGAGAGGAAGAAAAAGGGAAAAUAGGGAAAGGCGUCGCGCAUAUGAAUCAAGUCGCUCACUUUCUUGGGCCUUUGCGUGCAUCAGCUAACAGCGUCAGCAGCGUUGUCCAUUCCUAAUCUUAAUGUGCAUGGGUCGAGACGUAUCAUCAUCAUCAGCCACUUUUUCCACUGAAAAAAAACAACAAAACAACGUGAUGCUUGAUGAGAAGAUCAAAGCAACAGCAAGAAGGUCCAACCGAUAGAAAACUACAGAGGUAAUCAUGGCGCGAGGUCGGAGCUAUGAUUCUGUGCCUGGGCUGAGCCUGCAGUCUCGUUGCGUGCUUUUAUAUCUUCAAUUGGAGACUUUGAUACAUUAUGUUGAACAAGAGACACCAAUGCUGAACCUUGGAAUCCGUGUAAAAAACGUGUAUGGAAUUCUUCACAAAUCAGCAGGAACCUUGACGUGAGUAAGCCGCGAAGGAACAUCAAAACCUACUAUGAGUUCCACAAACACUCAAGGUGUGGGACAUUUUUUUACAGUGAGCUCUUUCUUGUGUAGUUGAGAAUGAAUAUGAAUAUGUUGUAUUCGAGUUCUUUUUUUCGCUGUCAUACAUGCAACCUGGCCCUGUCAGCAGUGACGCGGGGCAUCACAUUAGAGACACCAAGCACAUGGCAGUUUUUGUUGAGGUUGUAGCGGUAAACAGGAAGAAGACCCAACCAGAUUAAACUGUGACAGCGGACUUUGAACUUGCAUCGAUUUGUUUCUAUGUCAAGGAUAGAACCGUGGCAGAAGUUCUAAAUUUGUUUUUAUUAUAUUGGCAUUGUAUUGCGGGGGAAAAAACUGAUAAUCACUCAAAUUGGCCAAAACAAAAGCUCAGUAGCGGCAAGCUACCUGGAGGAUCUAACGAAGGAGAUUCGGCACUCAUCUUGCUGACGGUAGCUGACUCAAUUUUUAUUAGAAGCAUACUCAGCAUCUGUCGUGUUGAGUGUGUGUGUGUUUAUAUUAUCAAAUGACUGAACAUACCGUGCAUGAAAUGAAGGAGGUUUUCGCAAUAGAAGCACAUAGCUACGUCAAUAGAUGUGCCAGGGAAUUCUACUAGGGGGCGGGGCUGACGUGGAUCUUCCCUUGAACUUGUUCUAUUUUAUUUAAAAUUGUGUCCCUAGCGACGACUACCCUUUCUUUGGUCGUCCCUGUCUAUCCCCUUAUCAGGGUUUGCGCUUCCUCUACUUGCCUUGAGGACGUACCAGGAACUGCUUCGUCUCGCCGAUGGUCGAGAAUGAUCAUCUGAGAUGCACACAUGACAUGAUGACAGACAGAGAAUGUCGAUUUGAUAGUUGCAUUUGUUUUAAAUAAACUUGUGUCUUCGUUUUUUGACAAUACAAAGGGACUUUAUAUCACCAGCACGGCACUAGCUCUUGUAU